UCCAUGUCGGAUUUGCCUCUUUCACUCGGUUUGUCAAGAAUGUAUGAAAAUACAAGGAACUCCAGGAUCACCGGUGAAUUCAGUGGCGUUUGAAUAGCUACUAGUGGCAAAGGGCAAAGUAGCAUGUUGGACGUUGGAAAGUGGCCAGUGUUUGCACUUCUUCCCCCCGAGGAAAUACGGCUCAUCCGUCAGGCUUGCGUCUUUGGCAGUGCUGCAAACGAAGCUCUCUACGUUACCGUUAAUGAUGAGGUAUUUGCCCUGGGAACCAACUGUAGCGGCUGUUUGGGACUUGGGGACUUGCAGAGCACCAUCGAACCCAGGAGGAUUGACAUCCUGUGUGGGAAGAAGAUUGUGUCCCUUAGCUAUGGCACGGGGCCACAUGUAGUCAUUGCCACAGCAGAUGGAGAAGUGUACGCCUGGGGUCACAAUGGGUACAGUCAGCUAGGAAAUGGCACCACUAACCAUGGCCUAACCCCUGCCCUAGUCUCCACCAACCUCAUUAACAAGAGGGUGACGGAGGUUGCCUGUGGCUCUCACCAUACGAUCGCUCUCACCACCGAUGGAGAGGUCUAUGCCUGGGGCUACAACAACUCUGGCCAAGUGGGGUCCGGUUCCACUGCCAACCAGCCCACCCCUAGACGUGUCAGCAGUUGUUUGCAAAACAAGGUGGUGAUAAACAUUGCCUGUGGCCAGUUGUGUUCUAUGGCUGUGCUGGACAAUGGAGAGAUUUAUGGUUGGGGCUACAAUUGCAAUGGACAGCUUGGUCUGGGCAACAAUGGGAACCAGCAAACACCCUGUCGGAUAGCCGCACUUCAGGGAAUCAACAUUGUCCAGGUGGCUUGUGGCUAUGCACACACAUUGGCUCUUACAGAUGAGGGGUUUGUUUACGCCUGGGGAGCCAACUCUUACGGGCAGCUGGGCACAGGCAACAAGUGCAACCAAGCAGUGCCCACACUCAUCAAUAUGGACAAAGAGAGGAUGGUGGAAGUGGCAGCAUGUCACACCAGUCACACGUCCGCUGCUAAGACGCAGAGCGGUCAGGUACUGAUGUGGGGUCAGUGUCGGGGACAGGUCGUGGCCUGUCCACAUCUCACACACUUCGCCAGCACUGACGAUGUCUUCGCCUGUUUUGCCACUCCUGCUGUCACGUGGCGCCUUCUCACUGUCGAUGGCGAUGACUAUCUGACCGUGGCUCAAUCUUUAAAGAAAGAAUUUGACAGCCCUGAAAUCUCAGAUCUCAAGUUCCUGGUUGACGGAAAGUGCAUCCACGUUCACAAAGCCCUGCUGAAAAUCAGGUGUGAGCAUUUCCGUGCCCUCCUGAACGAGACUGAUGAAGAUGCCAUUGAGAUCCAUCAGUUCUCCUACUUGGUGUAUCGAGCUUUUCUUGAAUACCUGUACACAGACACCAUUAAUCUUCCUCCUGAGGAUGCUAUAGGGCUGCUGGAUCUUGCUACAUUUUAUCGGGAGUCUAGACUGAAGAGGCUUUGUCAGGAGACCAUUAAAAGGGGCAUUUCCGAAGAAAACGCUAUUACACUUCUAUCUGCCGCUGUCAAGUAUGAGGCUAGGGACCUUGAGGAGUUCUGCUUUAAGUUCUGCGUCAAUCACCUGACGGCUGUCACUCAAACCCAGGCCUUCGCCGACAUGGACCACGACCUGCUAAAGAACUUUAUCAGCAAAGCUAGCCGCUGUGGGGCCUUCAAAAACUGACAGUGGAAAAAGACCGCGAGAGGGUUUCUGAACCGUCAAAGUUAGGGAAACAGACUCUGCACUCUGUCUUUCCUGACUGGAAAGGGUUGAUCGAAAUGCCUCUUGUUUACACACGAGAACAUGAAGGGACGCUGGGCAUGUCACAUGUCCUGGUGUUCAAAAGUACACCUUAAACAUCACCAAACACACUAAGAAUAAAGGCAGAAAGCCUACAUAGGGAGACUACAUCUACAUCAAAAGGGACAUGAGGUGAGUUCUAGUAAUGUUGAGUUACACGUUUGGACUGUAUGUGAAGGGUGAUGUCCACUGACAGACAGGUGAAAGAAAGACAUAAGGUGAAGUGGAGCUGUGCUCAGUGCAUGUAAAGAUACAUGAAAGUUGUCAUGAUUGCUUUUGAUAGCUUUUAGAUUCGGUCGAAUGGUCCCGUGGCCACAGUGAAAAACAUCGAGCACUUUGCAGGUGCAUGUCGGUUGACUUAACACCAUGUUGGUUUUACACUCAUCACCAACUGGUGUAAGUAGACUUUAUUUUUGUGUUUUUUUACUUAAGACGAUCAAAACUGAAUUAAUAAGAGGUUAUCGUUCUGUUAUGAAGUUGCUCAUGUCUUAUUGGAGUAUUGUGGUAUGCUUUUAUCAUCAAAACUAACCAUGUAGACCGUUGACCGACUAGACUAGAUUGUCUUGACAAAAUAAAGGAGUAUUUUUUACGAGCUUAAGGUUCCGUUUAAUUUAGGGAUGGUUUAUACAUAUUUGUUUAUUUUAGCAUAAAACCUUUUUUGCAUCCCAGAGAUGUCUGUAUGCUUUUGCCAUGCUCACCUGUCUUUUUAUAUCUAUCAGAAAGGUCAAUAUUUGGUCUCGUGUUUUUGCUAUGUUAUUUUAAUAUUUUUGCUAUCUAGAUUUUUAUAUGCACUGCCAUCAAA